CUAUUUGAUUUCAUUGAUCGCUUUCGGAAGCACUGUUAAACAUGAUUGUGAGGUCAGUUGUUUUGCUGGCUGGCUUGCUAGCCGUCGCUAACGGAUUGGUUCGUGAACUUUGGUUCGAGACUCGAGUUGACCACUUCAACCCGCGUAACCGCGAUACCUACUCAAUGCGGUACUACGUCAACGAUGAGCAUUCCUACGCAAGAGGACCUAUUUUCAUCAUCGUCGGCUCAAACGGCCCCAUCGAUACCCGCUAUCUGAGUUAUGGUUUGUUCCACGAUGUCGCCUACCUGGAGGGAGCAUACCUGUUCGCAAAUGAGCAUCGAUAUUUCGGACACAGUUUACCAGUUGCUGAUGCAUCAACUGAUAACUUGGACUUCUUGACCAUCGAUCAAGCGUUGGCUGAUUUGGCUGAGUGGAUCCAUUACGUGAAAUACGGAGUCGUUCGUAACCCUGAUGCCAAGGUCAUUUUGAUGGGCUAUGGCUAUGGCGGAAGUUUGGCAACGUGGUUCCACCAGCAAUUCCCACAUCUCACCAACGGAGUCUGGGCUUCUAGUGGUACCAUUGAAGCCGAUUUAGACAUCUCCGGUUACAUGGAAUCUCUUGGUGAGACAAUCGGCGAGUUUGGCGGACGCGAUUGCUAUGGCACUAUCUUCUCUGGAUUCCGUGUUGCUCAGAAUCUGAUUACCUUGGAUCGCGCGGAUUUACUAACUGAAGAAUUCCGUUUGUGCCAACAAUUGGACACCGAUAACGUAUUGGACUCAACUGCCUUCCUGUUAGGAGUUCAGCGAUCUAUUGAAUCCCAAAUUUUGACCCUGCGCAACACUCAUUCUACUGCUGAAAUGUGCGACACUAUCGAUGAUGAAGACGACGGCAUCGAUAACAGUUUGUUGUCCUUAACCAAUUGGUUCGCACAGCAGCACCAGUACGAUAACUGCGUCGAUCUCAGCUUUGAAGCCUUCAUGGCUCCCUAUGUGGAUACUGAUUUCGAUGACACAGAUCUUCAGGAAGGACACCGUCAGCGUCUCUAUCUGCAGUGUACCGGAACUGGAUUCUUCGCAACAACCGAUUCGUUCUAUCAGCCCUUCGGAGAUCAGAUCGAUACGGAGUUCUACGUGGAGGUUUGUCAGCAUGCAUUUGGAGAAUGGAUUGAUGAAGAGCUUAUUCGAGGCCAGGUUAACCGUACGAAUGCACGUUUCGGUGGUAAGCAACCGGACAUCACCGAUGCUCAUUUCACGCACGGAGAUAUUGACCCGAUGCUAGUGACCGGAAUCGUCGAACACUCUAACCAGGGAGCGGAAGCAACUGUGAUUCCAAAUGAGUUCCAUGCUCCGGACCUGGAGUCGAUAGAUUACGUAUAUGACUCACCCGAAUUAAUUGCUGCUAAGGAAAAAACCCGCAACUUGAUUGACUACUGGGUCUUCAAAGAUUUUGAUCCAAUCAAGGCGCAAGUUUAGGAAUUAUGUUUAGUGUUAGAAGGAUAGUAUUAUAAAAGCGGAAUGCGUUAUAUUUGGUCACAGAAAUAAUAAACGCAUAGAGGAAAAUAUCAACAUUUUAAA